GUUUUGUGGCAGACUCAUGUUAAGCGAGCAGCCAUGGCGGUGCCCCUUUCCAAGUGCGAGCUGGAAUUCGCUGUUCAGGCGCUCCGUGCCGAGAAUGUGCGAGUUGAUGGGCGCGCGCUCACGGCGUACAGACGUCUCGGCAUACGCUUCGGCGCCUCGCACGGUGAGGUUGAGGUGAACUUUGGGCCCACACGCGCGUGGGCUGUGUGCAGCGGGGAAAUCAUCAAGCCCCCACCGAGUCGCCCGAACGAGGGCCGAAUCAGCUUCCACGUGGAGUUCGGACCUCUUGCUUCUCCCAACUUUGAGGUUGGUAGACCAUCGGCGCAGGCCAUCUCCGUGGGGAACUUUGUGGAGCGCUUGCUGCGCGGCAGCCGAGCAAUCGAUGCAGAGGCUCUUUGCAUUGUGGGUGGCCAGAAGGUUUGGAGCAUCCGGGUUGACGUCAGAGCGCUUGAUGACGAUGGCAACUUGUCCGAUGUGUGCGCCAUUGCUGCCCUAUGCUCGUUGCUUCACUUCCGGAAGGCAGAUGUGGAGGUGACGGGUGACUCCGCACGAGCGUUCUCCACCGAGGAGCGCGCUCCUGUGCCCCUCAGCGUGCAUCAUCUUCCCGUGCCGGUCACGUUUGCUUUGUUCCCCGGUGCUGCUGGGAAGAACGGAGAACCGGCCUGGGUUCUGGACCCAAACAGGCUGGAGGAGGCCGCAAUGGGAGGCUCUCUUUGCAUUGCGGUGAACCAGCACGGCGAACUGUGUGGCGUGCACAAGCCGGGGGGCAUGCCCGUGGAAUUCGCCAUGGUGCAGCACUGUUUGGAGCUGGCCGUGACCAAGGCCAAGGAGAUCACUCGUCGCAUCAAUGCUGAGCUUGAGGCCGACUUGGCAAAGCGGCAAGCGGCCAGAAAGAACGUCCACGAGCAGUUUAACCAGGCCAGCCUGUUAACCGUGGACUGGACUGAGUCCACUGUUGAGGAGGAACAGCCAAAGGCAUCCGAGAACUUGGACUUGCUGGAGGAUGACGGCCGAGACCUGGAGGCAGAGCUGCAGGCAGUGGCGGAGGAGGCCGCAGAGCUGGAGGCCCAGCUGGAGGCCGCGGCUCAGUCGGAGAUUGCAGCCCUCGCCGAGGGGCAGGCAACCCUGCCUGCUGAAGGAAGUGCUGGUGAGGACUUGUCAGCGGCAGUGGUCAAGCGAAAGAGGAAGAAGAAGAUCAGGCCUGCAGCAUAAGCCCGAA